AAGCGAGUUGUCAUUGGCCAGGCGUAGGUGACAGGGAGCCAGAGCCGAGCUCGACCGUCGCGGCUGGAGCUUCCUCGAUGCCGAAGCAUCGUCCGUACACUCACUCUUUAACCUCAACCCGUGGACCACUCCUUUGCUGCAACCUCAAUUGCUCCUUUUGUUUGUCCAUUGCAUCUUUGUACGUAUAUCUUCCGGUGCUCUCACCGCCGAGCGCCGAACGCUAUUUGUUGCAGGAGUCCAGCUCACCCGCUGCGUGUCUAGAGCUAUCACGCAGCGUCGCCAUCAUGCCUGGAGUCCCACCCGACGCGCUCAACACCAUGAAGAAGGCCUUCAAGGGACUCUUCAAGAAGAAGAGCAAGGACAAAAAGGACGAGGCCAAGCCCACGGCCACGGCCGACGCGAAGCCCGCCGAGACCAUACCUGCUGCAGCGGCUCCAGCAGCUGCCCCGGUUGCGCCAGCUCCUCCGAAGAAGGAGGGAGAGGCUGCGCCAGCUGCGCCAGCUGCGCCAGUGCCUGCUCAAGCGGAGCCGAGCAAAGAGGAGGCUGCCGCUUUGACGGAGCUGAAGAAGGCGACUGAGACCCCCGAGCCAGCCGGUGCUGUUGCUCCUUUGCCUCCAACUGCUGCCGCAGCUCAACCGCCGGCAACCAGCACUGAGACUCCGGCCGAGCAAAAGACCGUUGAAGCCAAGACGACCGAGGCCCCUGCAGCUGCUACACCUGUUCCUGCACCCGCUGCCAAGGAAGAGCCACCAGCGAUUCCGACGACUAAGCCUGCGCCAGGGAUGAGUGCAACAAGUGGUCCCUUGGACGACACCCUGGACUUCACGGCCGACGCCAAGGAGGAGCCAGCCCCGACCCCCGCCGCCCCGGCUGCUACACCUAGCCCCGAGAAGAAAUAGAUGUGUUUAGACGGACCGGAGGUGGAUGUCGGAAGACGAAGUUUUACACGCGGAAAAGCUUAAUUUCUGAGUGCUAGACCUGGAUUACGAGCUUACCAUCGACCGAACGGCUACAUGACACCCUUGCUCGGCCUGUCUCGGCCUUUUAUCAUCCAAGUUCUUCAAUAAAAAAAAAUCCAAAAACACAAUUUCAGUUAUAAACAUAGUGGAGGAUCACCGGUCUUCCUAUUUCGGCAUGUCUUGCAUAUUUCUAGCGCUAUGGUGCUGGAUACGUGGGAGACAUGCGGUGGAUGCCGUGUCUCGGCCAUUUCUUUCCCCUUUCCUUAAUUCAAUACCCCGUCUGCUGUGUUCUUUCAGCGAGCGAAUGAGCGGCUUGGUUCAGCGUGGCGGUGCUGGAGUCUGAGCUAGAUCAGAAAUUGAGAUCUUUUCUCACAGA